UUUCAAUUAAUUUAAUUUUUUAAAUAAAAUAUAUGAAUUGUGAUACAAUGUAAAAGUUAUUUUAUUGUGACACAACAAACAAAAGUGAACAAAUGUGUAGGCCUAAAAAACGUUAAUAAUUUUAUUCGAGUUGCUUUAGAAUGGCCAAAAGGAAAGUAAAUAGUGAUUUUGACUUUGAAAAAGUUUUACUGGUGUUGAGUCUUGUGCGAAUACUAUCAAUUUACAUGAUUCAAACAUCGUUUGUUCCUGAUGAAUAUUGGCAAAGCUUGGAGAUUGCUCAUAAAAUGGUAUUUGGAUAUGGCUAUACCACUUGGGAGUGGGUGCAUGGUAUUCGAAGUUUCUUUUAUCCUCUUUGGUUUGCAGGAGCCUAUAAAUUUAUUGAAAUUUUUGGUUUGGACUCGAGAAAAACAGUAAUAUAUUUGCCUCGAUACAUGCAAGCAAUAUUCUCAGCAUAUGCUGAUACCUGCGUUGCAUCCUGGUUCAGAUUCAUGUUGGGACCCACAUAUAAAUCUCUAUCAUCAUGGGUGAGUUUACUUUGGAUGAUGUGCUUGUUUGUAUCGUACUGCUCUACACGGACACUUUCAAAUACAAUUGAGCUGAAUUUUACAAUUAUUGCACUAUACUUGUACCCAUGGUCUUUGCUUGAGAAGAAAGAAAAAACAAAAAGUUUAUUGGUUGAAAGCAAAAUGAAAAGCAGGACAUAUUUAUGGUUUGUAGGGCUGGCUUGUCUCUCAAGACCCACAUCUGCAAUAAUUUGGUUACCACUUUGCUUUUAUGACAUUGCUGUCAAUUCCAAACCUUUUCUUCUUUUGACCAAAGUAUACUUAAUCAUUUUUCUAAAAGUAUUUGUUUCAACAAUUUUAAUUGAUACAUUUUUCUAUAAAAAAAUUGUUAUUACACCUUUAAACUUUUUUCUCUACAAUUUUUCUUACAACAUUGGUAUUCACUAUGGUGCUCAUUCAUUUUUUUGGUAUGUUACUGUAGGUAUACCUGUUGUUCUAGGGCCUCUAGUUUUACCCUUUUAUCAAGAAAUAUAUUCAAUAACAUUUUCUAUUUUGUCUUACUUGUUCUCAAAGUACUGGAAUCAUCAAAAAACUUUGAUGAAGUUGAGUAAUAUAGAUUUGAUUUUAUAUUUUACCGUUAUGUGGACUCUUUUCUGCUACAGUUUGGUGCCACAUAAAGAAUUUAGGUUCAUUUUGCCGUUAGCUCCAAUCAUGUUCUAUAUUUCAGCUUUACAUUUCAAAAAAUAUGGUGGAAAAAAUAUUACAUGUUUCAUACGCAACUCAAAAUAUGUAUUAGUUCUAAGUUUGCUGAUGCUAUUGAGUAAUUUUAUAGGUUCCUUCUACCUAGGCCAAUGGCAUCAAAUUGGUCCUUUGGAUACUAUUUCCAUUCUAGCAGAAGAGGCCAGCUCAAAUUCAAAUAAGUCAUCUUUUUUGUUUUUGAUGCCUUGCCAUUCUACUCCUUUGUACAGUCACUUGCAUGUAAAUGUUACAACCAAAUUCCUAACAUGUGAGCCAAAUUUCCAAAGAGAUCCCGUCUAUAAAGAUGAAGCGGACUUAUUUUUCGAGUACCCAAGUGGCUGGCUCCAUAAAAAUUAUCCAAAAAUCGACGAUUGUAGUUUGCCAUCGCAUAUAAUUAUGUUCUCCAACUUGAAAAUUUGGAUUGAUGAUUUUUUAAGUCGGUAUAGAUACACACUUUGGAAAUCCGUAUUUCAUGCUCAUUUCACUCAAGGUAAACAAAGUGAGAAUAUAGAAAUUUAUAAGUUGAAUUGGACAAAACCAAUACACUGUUUUCCUUAGAGAUAUCAUUGCAACCAUUGUAGCAAAUUUUAAUGCCCUAGAUUACUUUACACAUUAAUUCACUUAUGAGUAGCCUGUUUCAACUUAGAAUUUUCAACUAAGCUACUAUUUCAACUUAAGGAUUUAAUCCUUUUAAAAAUUUAUCUUUUCUGAUUAUGGUGUUCCAACAUUUUUUGUAUUUAUUACAGGCUUGGUAUAUCAUGUUAUAUAGCAUUAUCACGUCUACAUUUUAAUACUGUUCACUUAAUACUAGUAAAUUGUAAAUAAAUAAUACUCAACUACAAAUAUACCAGUCAGUAUUCUUGUACAUUAGCUCUUGAAAGCUUUGUAGCCUACUUUCAUUGUGACUAAUAAAUGAAUUUUUGUAUCGAUAAA